AUGGACAACGAAGCCUGGGGGCUUGCAUUAGAUUUGAUUCAAACACUUAAUAUACACAAUUUACAAUAUAAUGCCGAAUAUUUCUUGCUAUCGGCCGAGAUUUACUUGGCUAACAAAAAGAUAGUAAAAGCAUAUGAUUUACUUAAAUACAAAAAUAUUUUACGUACUAGCCGUGAUAAGUGGUUUGUUAAAAGCACCGUUAAUGAUGAACAUGUACGAACCAAAAUAAUGUACAUGUUAUUGGAUUCAUUUUGUAAUGAAUUUGUUGAGUAUGCUUUCUUUCUUUUUCAAUUUUUAUUUAAAGAUCAAAGCAGUCAGUAUUAUCCAGUAGAUUUAUCUCGUUAUGUGGACAAAUUAAUAAUGUUAUCUUUGUCAAAAAAAGAUUCGAAUUUAAUCAUAGAGAUGGCCAACCUAGUGCUUAAAUAUACUUUUGCAUUAAGUACCACAACGUGUCGCGCACUAGUUUCAACAUUAAUUUAUAUGAACGAGAAUCUAGCGAAACAGAUGUAUAAUUAUGCAGAAAGAAUAGGUAUCUAUCCAACAGUGAAGGUAAAUAUAUAA